UUCACAAUUUGACAAACCCUAUAAAUAAUCUUUUUAGCUUGUUUAUUUGAGGUUAUCUGUCUUUGAAUUGUAUUUUUGCUAAUUUGAAAAUAAAAAAUCCCUAUUUUCUUUAUAAAGAUUACCAAAUGUUGCCUAGAAGUUUAGGGUACCGUUCCAUUCGGAAUGUUUUAAGAAUAUCUAGAGAGAAUUCUACAGUGGCACAGACACAACCCGCUACUGAAAAUGCACCUGCAGAUACUAAGCCACAGAAAAACCCUCUGGACCACCCAGACUAUUUCCAAGUCUACAACUUAUUUACUAUUAAAGAUUUAUUUGAUGCCAGAGUUCAUUAUGGACAUAAGGAAGGUUCUCUCAAUGACUACAUGAGACCUUACAUCUAUGGUUCUCGGUUGGGCCAUUUGAUAUUUGACUUGGACGUAACUGCAGAGCAUUUACGAAGAGCUUUGAAUUUUACUGCACAUGUUGCAUACAGAGGGGGCAUUAUUUGUUUCUUCAAUAGAAAUGCCCUUAAUGCACAUUUAGUUGAGAAGACGGCUCUAGAAGCCGGGGAGUAUGCACAUACUAGGUUCUGGCGCGGGGGCAUCUUCACUAAUGCUAAUCAUCAGUUUGGAGCAGUCACAAGGCUGCCUGACCUCUGCAUAUUCUUCAAUACACAGAACAAUAUUCUCAACCAACACACUGCUGUAAGAGAUAGUGCUAAGAUGUUGAUACCUACUAUAGGCAUUGUUGAUACUAACUGCAAUCCUAAUUUAAUCACCUACCCAGUACCAGGAAAUGAUGACACCCCAUGUGCCAUAGAAUUAUAUUGUAAAUUAUUUAAAGCUGCCAUUCUACGUGGUAAAGAAGCAAAAAUGAAGUUUUUACAAGAGAACAACUAAUUAAUUGUGUAGUUGUAAAAUUUAGAAAUAAUACACAUUAGGUAUUAAAUAAUUAGUUUUAUUUUUAUAAUAGUGACUGUAAAAUAUACACAUGAAAUAAAAACAAUAUCACAAAGUUUAUUCUAAAGAUUAGGUAUUCAAUAAGUUGGUCCCAAAUAAAAGUAACAUGAUAUACAUAUGAACAAACUUAAUAUAUAAAGAUCAAUUCCAUGAGUGAGACAACUCAAAUUCCAUAUAAAAUUGACUAGCCAAUCUCCUCGGAGCGAAGUUUACAUCGCAUUAUCUUAAAAGUAUACAACUCGCUUGUGAAAUUGAUCUUGUAAAGGUAUAAUAUUCAAAACAUUAAUUACUGUAAUAGGAUAGCUGUCAUAGCACAAAAAUCACAUAAAAUAUUGUUCAUCCGAGGAGGACUUUGCGCAUCAUGUGAGGGUGAGGAUUUGUGUUCUCCUCCCUACUCUCCCAACUGCCGAUGAUGCACUUAGAACUGCAGAGAUACUGCAGCAAUGGGAUGCGGUA